AAACUCAAUAAACUUUUAUGAAUACAAUUUUUUAUAGUUGGGCAUUGUUGAUACUUUUUUUUAAUAUUAUUCUCAGAAUAUUUAAUAUUAGAAACACUAUCUUUUGAAUUGUUGAUGCUUUUAUUUUUCAAAAACUACAAUGGAUGAACUUGCUAAAAGACUUUUCCAUGAUCACAAGAAUCCAAUUGUCAAACUAGACCUAUUGGGAUCAAAGUUAUUCUUGAGAACGGCAUCUGAUGAACUCGCAGAAUUUAAUGAACAAAAUCAAAACAUUUUGGAAAAUGUUCUCAGACAUACCCGUGUAGAGAAAAGGUGUGCCAGAGCUAAGGCUGAGUGGUGUCCCGAAAUUGGUUUAAGCAAAGUAACAAAGGUGGUCAAGGGAUUAUUAGAGAACUUCGGAUUUCAAGAUAAAAGAGGCAUCUUUAUGUACCCUGAGGAAAUGCUCUUACUAGUGGAAUCU